ACCGCUGCUCAGAAGGAGUCUACUCGGCUGUUCUCUGAGAAUGACAGAGCGAGCUCACUUUGCUCUCUGAGCAACAGAGGUGCCUGAUCCUGUUGGACCAUGUUGGAUGUCACCUAUAAUCCAUAACUACUGUGUCUUGGAUUAAGAGGGCGUGUAGGACUUUCCAGUCAAUAACAGCACAAAGAUAGGUACAGGCAGAUUCCCAUGGCAUGACAUUGCCUCAGUGUCUAUGUUGAGCAUUUUAGCAAAGCGGGAAACUGGGGGUUCCAUUCACAGUAUUCAGUUCUUCAAUCUGAGCCUGUGGAUGGGACAAAUUUGCACUAUAAGUAUCAUCAGUGCAUGGCCGGAGUCCUCGUUCCCCCCUAUGGUGUGACGGAGGCUGGUGCUGACAGAAUGGCGGAGAAAGAGAACCUAAGUAACAACUUGUUUGUGUCUCCCUACGAACAUCAAAAUAAGAAGUCAUUAAUUGACAGCCCAGCGAAUGCCCAUAGUAUACGCAUCUCCCAGGUGCCGUCUGAAAAGGUCUUGCACGCAGGGAAGAUUCUCCGGAACGCCAUCCUCUCCAGAGCGCCUCAUAUGAUCCGAGAUAGAAAAUAUCAUCUGAAAACAUACAGGCAAUGUUGCGUGGGAACGGAGAUGGUCGACUGGCAGAUGCAGCACAGUUCCUUUGUGCACUCUCGCCUUCAAGCUGUGGCCAUGUGGCAGGUGCUUCUGGAGGAAGGUGUUCUCUGCCAUGUGGACCAAGAGCCGAACUUCCAGGACAAGUACUUUUUCUACCGCUUCCUGGACGACGAAGUGGAGGAGCCCUCUUUACCCGGCGAGGAGGAGAGGUUGGAGAGGCAAGAGGAUCUGCAGGACACUUUGCUGCUCCUCUCGCAGAUGGGGCCCGAUGCCUACAUGAGGAUGAUUCUCAGAAAACGUCCAUCUGAGAGAACAGAAGAUGAUUUAGAAAUAAUUUAUGAGGAACUGCUCCACAUCAAGGCUUUAGCGCACCUUUCCACCACUGUCAAGAGAGAACUGAUGGGGGUGCUCAUAUUUGAGUCUCAUGCCAAAGCAGGAACAGUGUUGUUUAGCCAAGGUGAAGAGGGUACAUCAUGGUACAUUAUCUUAAAGGGCUCAGUGAACGUGGUCAUCUAUGGAAAAGGUGUUGUCUGCACACUGCAUGAAGGAGAUGACUUUGGGAAGCUAGCUCUUGUCAAUGAUGCCCCCCGUGCUGCCUCCAUUGUCCUGAAAGAGGACAACUGUCACUUCCUGAGAGUGGACAAGGAGGACUUCAACAGGAUUUUGAGAGACGUGGAGGCCAACACGGUGCGCCUUAAGGAGCACGGUCAGGACGUCCUGGUUUUAGAGAAGAGUCUCAGUAGUAGUCGAUCCUCCAGCCAUGGAGCCGCAGCCUCGCAUUACAAGUACAAGGUAAUGUCGGGGACUCCAGAGAAAAUAUUGGAGCACCUACUUGAGAUGAUGCGAAUGGAUUCUCAAUUUUCAGAGUCAGAUGCAGCCUUAGAUGAUUUUGUGCUCAUGCACUGUGUUUUCAUGCCCAACAUUCAACUUUGUCCAGUCUUGAUGGCUCACUACCAUGCCCAGGCCUCACAGGGCUCUGAACAGGAGAAGCUGGACUAUACACUCAACAAUAAGCGCCGUGUGAUCCGCCUGGUCAUACAGUGGACCGCCUUGCAUGGAGAUCAUCUGCAAGAGGAAGAUAUCUCUGUGGUCUUCCUGGAGGACUUUCUUGUGGCUGUAUCUAAUGACUCUAAAGCACUUCCACCACUCAGUGAGCAACUACCAGAGCUGGAAAAAAUUGUAAAGUACAACACAGAUGAUGCCAGAACCUCACACAGAAAGCACAAAGUCCUACUGGAGCAGUUCAAUAGGGGAGAUGACAAACUGCAAAAGUGUCUGCCUGUUAAGAGCAACGAUGAAAUUCUUUUCAAAGUCUUUUGUUAUGACCACACCUACAUCACAAUCCGCGCUCCAGUUUCUGCCUCGGUCAGAGAGGUCCUGGAUGCUGUGGCUGACAAGAUGGGCUCAGUAGAAGAUCUUCUACUUGUCGGUCUCAACUCAGCAGGAGAUAAAGUCGUGUUCAAACCCACUGAUGUGUCCGUGUUCUCCACUCUCACCGUCAAUGGACGUCUCUUUGCCUGCUAUAAGGAUCAGCUGGAUUCUUUGACCCCCGUACCUGAGCAGGAGGGUCCAUCUGCAGGCUCAUUGGCGAGUUUUGAGUGGAUGAGCACCAAGGGUGUUGCUUACCAUUUGACACUAUAUGACUGGGAGCUUUUCAACUGUGUUCAUGAGCUUGAACUGAUCUACCACAUCUUUGGGAGGGAAAAUGUCAAGAAAAGCACUGUGAACCUGGACCUGUUCCUGAAGAGGUUCAAUGAAAUUCAGUUUUGGGUGAUCACAGAGGUCUGCCUGUGCCCCCAGCUCAGCAAGAGGGUGCAGCUUCUCAAAAAAUUCAUAAAGAUCGCAUCCCACUGCAAGGAGCACAGGAACUUGAAUGCUUUCUUCGCUAUUGUCAUGGGGCUGAGUAAUCCAGCGGUGAGCAGACUGAAUCAGACCUGGGAGAAACUUCCCAGCAAAUUCAAGAAGUUAUAUGGAGAAUUUGAAAACCUGAUGGACCCAUCCAGGAACCAUCGAGUGUACCGACUGAUGGUUGCCAAACUAGCACCUCCCAUCAUCCCUUUCAUGCCGCUGCUGAUCAAAGAUAUGACAUUCACUCAAGAGGGCAACAAGACGUUUAUUGAAAAUUUGGUCAAUUUUGAGAAAAUGCGGAUGAUAGCAAAUACAGUGAAGAUCGUGAGAUAUUGUAGGAGCCAGACGUUCAGUCCAGUGUCACCACUGGUUAAGAAGAAACAUCCUGAUGUUUGGCACUAUGUGCGUCACUUGAGUGUGAUCGACAACCAAAGAACGCUGACCCAGCUCUCUCAUGAGCUAGAACCUCGCAGAUCUUGAUACCAAUGAGUAAAAGCCGCCUAACGUGCAGCAUCACUACUCGUACUGCUUUAACUCCAACACAGACAAUAACUUGGAGGACAUGAUUACAGUUAAUGUGGUGCUGUUUCCAAAAAUUGAGGUUUUUAUUGCUGUAACUUUGCACCACAGCAACAGGUAAAAUUGUUCAUAGAAACGAUGAAUUCAGGAAAGCAGGUAAACAUUUCUCUGGGACCUUAUAUUGUUAUGUCAUAUUUCAGGUAUAAACAGUAUAUGACGUGUUAAAUGUCUCAGUAGUCUUGAUAUGAUCUUUUUGUAUCAAACAUUAUUUAUAAAUAUUUGUGAGAUUGUUUUGUGCUGUAAAUUAUACAUAAAUAUUUUUGUCAUU